GCGUAGAAGAGAAAAGGUGCUUAACCCAUUCACAGGUUGUAGCUGCAGCAGCAGUGGAAUGCAAUGGCGCUCCGGAGCAUGUUGACGAGAUCGGCGAAGCAGCUGUACUACGUAGGACUGCAGCUGCGGUCUGGGUGUGAGGCGACGACGGGUAGGAGAGAAAGCCAAACAUGGAUGGAUGCCUUUCUGUCCUCUUCUUCUGCUAAUUCGAGAAGCUUUCACAGUUAUUUGAGAGCGCUGCGUUUUUUCGAACCCAAGGGAGCCCUGGCAGGGUUUCUCUGUGCAGGGCCGGCGCGAUGUAUGUCGGAGCUUCAGCCGCAGCAACAGGCGGCAGCACUCCAACCACAGCAACAGGGGGUGCUCCACCCGCCGCAACAUGGGGUGCUCGAAGCGCAGCAACAGGCGGCACUGCAAGUGCAGCAAUACGGAGGCUAUGGUGGCGAUGACUAUGAUGGUGCAGUGAAGAGGGCGACGAGGGUCGUCAAUGUGAUGUCGGAAUCGGAGUUCCAAAAAGUACUGCAGGCCGCGCACGCGGCGCAGAAGCUAGUUAUUGUGGAUUACAGUGCCAUCUGGUGUCAUCCUUGCAAACAGAUUGGGCUGGUGUUCGACCUUUUGAGUAAUGAAUACGAGGACGUCGAGUUCGUAAAAGUGGAUAUUGAUCAGCCGGAGCUUGACGACACGGUAGAGAAAGCUGGAAUCAACAGCCUGCCGACGUUUCAAUUUCAUAAAGGGGGUAUGAAGGUGGCGGAGUUCGCGGGAGCAGACUCUUCGAAGCUGAAAGAUAUGCUCACUUUGCUGCGUCAACCCUAAUUACUAAGAGUCGCGGAAUCAUUCUUCUGCUCCUUGUAGCUCACUGUCUCCAAGUCGCCGUGGAGAAACCUGGGAUCGUCGGUCUGCUGAACUUUCAAUUUCAUAAAUAAAAGGAGGGGCCUUGUAACUCGCUCUCUCGGAGUCGCCGCAGAGGAACCGGGGAUCACCGGUCUGCCGACGUUUCAAUUUCAUAAAGGGGGGGUAUAAAGGUGGCUGAGUUCACGGGAGCAGAUUCUUCGAAGCUGAAAGAUGAUAUGCUCACCUUGCUGUAUCGAUCGAAAUCACUGAGGUUUCUGCGAAUCGUUGUUUUUCCUCCUCCUCCUCCUUGUAACUGGCUCUCUCCAAGUCGACAUAGACAAACCUGGGAUCGCCAGCUUGCUGACCCCCCCCUUUCAUAAAAGGGGGGGCGUGGGUACAUCAAGGGUGGCAGAGCUUGAGAAAAUCAAAGAUGUACUUGCCUUACCUCGUCAAUCCUAAUCGCUGAGGGGUGCAGAAUCAUUUGUCUUUGCCUUGAAACUCGCUCUCUCGCCAAGUCGCCGUAAAGCAAACCUGGGAUCGCUGGUCUGCCGACUUUUCAAUUUCAUAAAAGGGAGGUAUCAAGUUGGCACUGUUUGACAAGAACAAAUUCUUCGAAGCUGAAUGAUAUAUGCUCACCUUGCUGCAUCAAUCCUUAUCACUGAGGAUCGCAGAAUUAAUUUUUCGCCAAGUCGUCAUAGAGAAACAUGGGAUGAGUGGCCUGCCAACUUCUUAGGGGGGGAGGGGGACGGGCGGUAUCAAAGGGGCAGAGUUUGCAGGAGCAGAAAUCUUUCAAAGCCGAAAGAGAUGGUCAGCUUGCUCUGUGACGAUCCUGAGAACGGAAGUGUUAUGAUUCUUCUCCUCGUUUGAAUUCGCUGUCUCCAAGUUGCCUCAGAGAGUUUCAUUAAAAAGGGGGUAUUAAACCACAGCACCUGUGACCCUUCCCCCCUGCCGAGCCUAGAAACGCCCUGCACACCAACAAAACCGAACCGCGUGUUGUUGUUUUUUUGGCUGGCAUCGGCAGCCAUUUAGCUCUGGUGGCAGUCCCCGGAGAGUUGCGGUGUGCGCACAAUGGCAUUGGAGAAAAAUGGCUGGGAAACAUACUGGUGGUCUAAGGUGGCCGAGCGCGCUUUCUGUUUUGGCUGGCAGAGGCAGCCAUUUAGCUCUGGUGGUCGUACCCCGAAAGUUGCGGCGUGCGCACUGUCGGCAUCAGAGAAAAAAUGGCUGGGAAACGUACUGGUGGGGUUUAAUGUGGCGAGCGCGUUUUCUUUUUUGCCUGCUCUGGUGGUCGCGGGCCGAAAGCUGUGUGUGGCACGUGCACAGUGGCAUCGGAGAAAAAUGGCUGGGAAACAUACUGGUGGUUUCCACCACCAGCCAGUUAACAAGCCACGAUGUUAGGAAACGUAUGGGCCACGACAGGAGUGCCGAAGUUUAUCCGACUAGAAACGUUUCUACUCUAUUUUUUUCCGCGGCCGAUAGCUGGGCCGAGCACUGGUGGUUUGAGGUGCCCGAGUUUGCGGGAGCCGAUUCCUGGACAGGGAACGAUACGCUUGCCUUGCUGCAUCAAUCCUAAUAAAACCAAAGUUGUAGA